AUGUCUUCUGAAAGAAUUGGUUCCGGCAAAACUUUAACAGGACAAUCUCGUGAAAUAGUGUAUAAUGUUUUUAACUAUUUCAUGCGUCAUCAUAAUAAAAAAAGUGAUGGUGGAGAUCGUUUAAAGAAAGAUUUGUAUGGUUGGACAUCAGAGGCGACUAGUGUGUCCCAGAGAAGUGUUCAACAAGUUGUUUGUGAAGUACGCAAUCAAGUUGUAGCGGCUGUUGAAGCGUCAACAUCACAACAGUCUACCUCAGGAGAAGGAGAGCCACAGCAUCUAAAACAUUGCUGCCUCAAGUUACGUUUAGAACACCGGGUAAAAAGCAAAUAUAUUCCGGAAAAAUAUAUUCAGCUGGAACUAAAAGUGGAUAAUUUCACAGAUUCAUUUAUAAUAACACUAGGAAAUUCCGACGGCGAGUCAAGAGAUCAAGUUCUUCGAGCCGUGAAAGUUUGA